UGUCCCCGCCAUCCAGUCGCUUCGCAGUCCAGUUUGACAGAUAGUAAACUUUAGACAAAUCUCCUCGUUCGGGACCGUUCCAGACCAAUAACGUUUGCUUUUUUUGGUAACCUCUUGACGAAACCGUCCAUAUUUUGCUCUUAUGAUAGAAUGAAAAGGAAUCAUGGUGGUGAAUUCAGUGCACUGGUUUCGCAAAUGUCUUCGUUUGCACGAUAAUCCGGCGUUGCAGGAGGCCCUGAAUGGAGCUACUUCAGUGCGUUGUGUUUAUAUUCUGGACCCGUGGUUUGCUGGCGCUUCCAACGUGGGCAUCAACCGAUGGAGGUUUUUGCUGGAGGCACUGAAGGACUUGGACUGCAGUCUGAAGAAGCUCAACUCCAGAUUAUUUGUAGUCAGAGGGCAGCCUGCAGAGGUUUUUCCAAGGCUUUUUAAGGAAUGGAAAAUGACAAGGUUAACUUUUGAGUACGACCCUGAGCCGUACGGGAAGGAGAGAGACAGCGCCAUAAUCAAGAUGGCUCAAGAGUUUGGAGUGGAGACCAUUGUCCGAAACUCUCAUACCCUCUACAACCUGGACAGGAUAAUAGAGAUGAACAACAAUAGCCCUCCACUGACCUUUAAAAGGUUUCAGACCAUUGUGAGCAGGCUGGAGUUGCCCAGGAGACCACUACCUCCCAUCAACCAAAAGCAGAUGGACAAAUGUCAGACUAAAAUCACAGAUAACCAUGACCAGCUUUACAGUAUCCCAUCACUGGAAGAAUUGGGCUUCCAAACAAAAGGUUUGCCACCAGCAGUGUGGCGUGGAGGAGAGUCUGAAGCACUGGACAGACUCAACAAACAUUUGGACAAAAAGGUGUGGGUGGCUAACCUUGAGCAUCCUCGGGGGAACAUGUGCUCACUGUACGCCAGUCCGACCGGACUGAGUCCUUAUUUGCGCUUUGGUUGCCUGUCCUGUAGGGUCCUCUACUACAACCUCAGAGAGCUCUACAUGAAGCUCCGGAAGCGUUGCAGUCCUCCUUUGUCUCUUUUUGGUCAACUGUUAUGGAGAGAAUUCUUCUACACCGCUGCCACCAACAACCCAAACUUUGAUCGUAUGGAUGGAAACCCAAUUUGUGUUCAGAUUCCAUGGGAUCAGAAUCCAGAAGCGUUAGCCAAAUGGGCUGAGGGUCGGACUGGAUACCCCUGGAUUGAUGCUAUUAUGACCCAGCUCAGAGAGGAGGGUUGGAUUCACCACUUGGCUCGGCACGCUGUGGCUUGUUUCCUCACCAGGGGUGACCUGUGGAUCACCUGGGAGAGUGGCAUGAAGGUGUUUGAGGAGCUGCUGCUGGAUGCGGACUGGAGCGUAAAUGCUGGCAGCUGGAUGUGGCUGUCUUGUAGUGCCUUCUUUCAACAGUUUUUCCACUGCUACUGUCCUGUUGGUUUUGGAAAAAGAACUAACCCAACAGGAGACUACAUCCGGCGUUACAUCCCCAUCUUAAAGGACUACCCAAACCGCUACAUCUAUGAGCCCUGGAACGCACCAGAGUCCGUCCAGAAAGCGGCAAAUUGCGUGGUGGGAGUGGACUAUCCGAAACCGAUGAUCAACCACGCCGAGAGCAGCAGACUCAACAUUGAGAGGAUGAAGCAAGUUUACCAGCAACUGUCACAUUAUCGAGGACUCAGUCUGCUUGCAUCAGUGCCAACAAUCCAGGAGGAGGCAGAGCCACCAAUGACUGAUGAGUCCCAGACCAGCAGUGGUCCUGACUCUCCAGCCAUAGUUCAUGAUGAAGCGGCUCCUGAUUCAUUCACUGUCUGCACAUCUUCCCACACUGUUUUACACCCAGAACUGGAGAAGGAUGCAAUGAGAGCCUCAUCCCACACAUCUGCCAACUCUUCAGUAUCACAAAUGCGUCCUUCUGCAGCCAGUACAUCCUCAACAUGUGCAGACCAUUCAUCAGCUGUAGAUGAUCCCGUUCCGCUAGUCUCAACACCAGCCCACAGCCCUUUAUCAGAGUCCAAGGCAUGCACGCCUUCUUCAUUGUGUUCUACAUUGCCCCCGUCUCCUAGUCCAUCCUCAGCCCAAACCCAGACGUCUUCUUUAGGACCAAGAAGAAAAAGCUUUACCCGUAAGGUACGCCGUGGCCAGAGGCAACGAGGACGACACGGCUGCCACGCAGUAGCCAGAGAGGGAGAGAGAAGGGGUGACGAGGAAGAGACGGAGCCAGGAGACAAGAAUGAGAAGAUGGACGAGGGUAUAGAGAUGGAAGAAGAGAAAAUGGAGGAGGAGACUUAUGCAGGAAAUCCACGAUAAAACAGUACAAUCAAACCAUCAUUGGUUUUACAAACAUGUUAAAACAGUGAUUAGUGUUCCCUUUAUUAUCGCAGGGAUUACUUUCCCGUAAUAAUGCCCGAAAGAAGUGAAAUCCACAAAGUACAGGUUGACUUAAAAUUAUAUAUAAAAAUAAAUAAAUAAUACACUUGUUACACGCCACCCCGAACGCAACUGUUUACCAUCACGGCUCGACUGACUGACUCAACGGCACAUUUGAAUAACGUUUCCAAACAGAAUGUUGUUCAGAGGUGCUUUUCAUUUAUUCAACGUGCACCAAAGACGCGGUGCUACACAACACAUCGCUUUCCAAAUCCCAGUCAAUUGUUGUAUUUUGCCAACAUUUGAAUGGUGCAAAUAGUCUGGAAACACAAUUUGCAUUUGCUUUCUUUAAUUUCUUUUCAACUUUCCCAAAAAGUAGCAUCCAACAUCUGUUCUGGAAAACUGGACGGUUAAACCGAAUGAGAUGCUUAUGUGGUUAUUCAGAAAAUCUGCACUCAAUUACAAAAUUAAAGAUACAAGUUUAAAAUCCAAUUAGGCCAAUAGAAUAACUAUACCCUAAAUUCUGCCUUUUAAAUUUUCUGUUCUGUAAAAAUGUCAGUUUUGAUUGACACUGAUGUUUGCUAAUAUCACAUUUUUUUGAUGAUUUGAUUUUUGCAAUUGUGUAGCGCUUCAUAAUUCUGUAGAUAAAUAAUGUAACCAAAAUCUUAUUUAUCAUCCUCCACAAACGUAACGUAACUCUUGAUAAACCAACAUUUAUCUUUGUAAAAACAUCUUUACUUAAAUGUUUCCUGUAUUAACUUUAAUUUGGUUGUGCAGGUUUGCCUAAUUCAAUCUGUCAAGUGUUUAUAAACAGUACGUAUCAUGAAGUUAAAGCAGUACAGAACCAAUGUACUUAUAUUUUGGUCUAAAGUAAUGGGAGACUGCAGAGUCCAUGUGUGCAUGCAAGAUGUGCUUCUUGAAAAUAAAUGAUCACUCGUCAUUUUAAAUUGGGAAAAAAAAAAAAACAAUUAUGGUGAUUGCAAAUUGUCUUAAGUGAUGGACACACAACAAACACGGAGCACCAUAUUGCAUUGCAACUCGUGACUUCGCCUUGUUUAACAGUACAAUCUGGCCUCAGUCAUCUGUAGCACCUUCCCGCUUCUCUUAACAUUUUCAUUGAAACCAGAUACAAGAUCACCGGAAACGCCCAAAGGGACAACAUGUCUUAACUGACAAAAGAUAAAGCAGUGUAUUUUGAUUUUAUCUGUAAUGCUAUUUUAUAGUGAAUAGGGUGUCAGAUGUAACUUGCUCCCUGGUCUGCUUUGCAAUUUAGCGAAAAGUAACAUUUUGGGGAAUGGGAGAAUGCAGACCCCAAAAUGAAAUGUAUUGAACUUCCCAUUGUAGGGCCUUCACUGUACAGUUUUUGGUGGCGCGCAUGUAUAUAAUGUAUACUGAAUAUAAAGUGUCAGAAAGGUUCUGUGACUGGAAAGAUAAUAUUUCCAAUCCAAACUAGGAGUUUUUCCCGCUUCAGUGUGGGUCAGAUUACAAUUUGUCUACAAAGAGAUCCUACGGUGUUUAUUUUGUUCACUGCAUGAGAAGAGACGGGAAUUGUGGUAGAGCAAUUCAUGACUGCAACCAAGCUCCUGACGAUGGAGUCGCACAUGGUCACUGCAAUGGCAAAAGCGCAUGUGAAACUGUAAUUGACAAAAGACAGAAUAAGUGAGAAAAAAUGAGAUGCAAUUCAAAUCUUUUUUAAAAAAAAUAGUUUGCUUGCGCCGUGACAUUUCGAUAAUAACCAAGCUGGCAGCCGCAAAGAUAUGCUUGCCUAAUUAUAUGUAAGCACAAACAUAACAUGAAUAGACAGUCAUGUGGGGAAUAUUUCAUAAUAGUGUGUCAUCAGAGAAGAGAGGAAUGAGAUAAGAGCAAGAUGACCUUCAUUAGAGCGAAGCAGUUCAUAUGAUGCUAUGAUAAAAAUACAUUUUACAAGUGCAAAGAAAUAUUUUUCUUACAGUGCCGCAAUAAUCUAGAAAGUGUGUUUGAUUCCAAAAGAUCUUUCUUAAAAGGGGAAACGUAUAGUUUGGAUUUAUAAUAUCUUUGGUGACACCAGUCCUGGAAUUUUUUUUAUGAAGUCUCGUAAUAAUGAAGUGCAGUCGAGUUUUAAUAUUUGCCAUACUUUUCUUCUGGCAAUUGAUAAUGCUGCUUGUAUUUAAUGAAUGUAGAGAAAAGCCUGGAGUGUUCUCCAUGUAUUUAUCAGAGUUUGUACAUAAAAUAUUUGAACCCA